AUGCCCCAAGCAGGGUAUCCAGGCUGCAGAGGUACCAUGGCCAAGUCACACCUGCUGCAGUGGCUGCUGCUGCUGCUGCCCACGCUCUGUGGCCCAGGCACUGCUGCCUGGACCACCUCAUCCUUGGCCUGUGCCCAGGGCCCUGAGUUCUGGUGCCAAAGCCUGGAGCAAGCAUUGCAGUGCAGAGCCCUAGGGCACUGCUUACAAGAAGUCUGGGGACAUGUGGGAGCUGAUGACCUAUGCCAAGAGUGUGAGGACAUCGUCCACAUCCUUAACAAGAUGGCCAAGGAGGCCAUUUUCCAGGACACGAUGCGGAAGUUUCUGGAGCAGGAGUGCAACGUCCUCCCCUUGAAGCUGUUCAUGCCCCAGUGCAACCAAGUGCUCGACGACUACUUCCCCCUGGUCAUCGACUACUUCCAGAACCAGAUUGGCUCAAAGGGCAUCUGUAUGCACCUGGGCCUGUGCAAAUCCCGGCAGCCAGAGCCAGAGCAGGAGUCAGGGAUGUCAGACCCGCUGCCCGAACCUCUGUGGGACCCUCUGCCGGACAAGCUGGUCCUCCCCGUGCUGCCCGGGGCCCUCCAGGUGAGGCCUGGGCCUCACACACAGGAUCUCUCUGAGCAGCAAUUCCCCAUUCCUCUCCCCUACUGCUGGCUCUGCAAGGCUCUGAUCAAGCGGAUCCAAGCCAUGAUUCCCAAGGGUGUGCUAGCUGUGGCAGUGGCCCAGGUGUGCCGUGUGGUACCCCUGGUGGCGGGUGGCAUCUGCCAGUGCCUGGCUGAACGCUACUCUGUCAUCCUGCUCGACAUGCUGCUGGGCCGCAUGCUGCCCCAGCUGGUCUGCGGCCUCGUCCUCCGGUGCUCCAUGGAUGACAGCGCUGGUCCGGGGUCGCCCACAGGAGAAUGGCUGCCGCAAGACUCUGAGUGCCGCCUCUGCAUGUCUGUGACCACCCAGGCCAGGAACAGCAGCGAGCAGGCCAUACCACAGGCACUGCUCCAGGCCUGUGUCAGCUCUUGGCUGGACAGGGAAAAGUGCAAGCAAUUUGUGGCUCAGCACACGCCCCAGCUGCUGACCCUGGUGUCCAGGGACUGGGAUGCCCACACCACCUGCCAGGCUCUCGGGGUGUGUGGGACUACGUCCAGCCCUCUCCAGUGUAUCCACAGCCCCGACCUCUGAUGAGAACUCAGCUGUCCAGGCAGGACACACGCACAGUCCCUCUCUGGUCCUCAUCCUCCUCAGCUGCAAAGGAAGAGCCAAGUGAGAUGGGCUCUGGGACCAUGGUGACCAGGCUCUUCCCCCUGCUCCCUGGCCCUCGACAGCUGCCACACUGAAAAGAAGCCUCAGAUCCCACACCACCCUCCUCGCCGCCCUUCCUCGGGAGUCACUUCCACUGGUGGACCACGGGCCCCCAGCCCUGUGUCAGCCUUGUCUGUCUCAGCUCAACACAGUCCGACGCCAGAGCCACUUCCAUCCUCUCUGGUGUGAGGCACAGCAAGGGCAGCAUCUGGAGGAGCUCUGCAGCCUCCACGCCUACCACAACCUCCCAGGGCUGGGCUCAGGAGAAACCAGCCACUGCUCCACAGGACAGGGAGUAGAAGCUGGGCCCUGCCUCACACCCACCCCCAUGCACUCAAAGGCUGGCUUUUACAGCUAUUUGUAAUUCAAAAUUCAGAAGAAUAAAAAAUGGGAACAUAUAGAACUCUAAAAGAUAGACAUCAGAAAUUGUUAAGUUAAGCUUUUUAAAAAAAGCAGCAACUCCCCGGCGUGGUCGAGGGUGGACACUGCACACUCUGGCAUGAUGAGAUGGCGACCAGGCAAGCUUUCUUCCUCGAGAUGCUCUGCUGCUUGAAAGCUGUCGCUUUGUUAAGAUAUAAAAAGGGGUUUUCUUUUUGUCUUUCUGUAAGGUGGACUUCCAGUUUUUGAUUGAAAGUCCUAGGGCGAUUCUAUUUCUGCUGUGAUUUAUCUGCUCAAAGCCCAGCUGGGGUUGUGCACACUAGGGACCCAUUCCUGUGUAAUACAGUGCUUGCACCAAUGCUAAUAAAGUCCUAUUCUCUUGUAUGAGAAAGAAAAAGACACCGUCCUUUAAAGUGCUGCAGUAUGGCCGGAUGUGGUGGCUCACACCUGUAAUCCCAGCACCUUAGGAGGCCGAGGCAGGAGGAUCACUUGAGGUCAGGAGUUCAAGACCAGCCUCACCAACAUGGUGAAACCCCGUUUCUAUUAGAAAUACAAAAAAUUAGCCGGGUGUGGUGGCGCGUGCCUGUAAUCCCAGCUACUCAGAAGGCUGAGGCAGGAGAAUCGCUUGAGCGCAGGAGAAUCACUGGAGCCCAGGAGGCGGAGGUUGCAGUGAGCCGAGAUCACACCAUUGCACUCCAGCCUGGGUGACAGAGCAAGAUUCCAUCUCGGUAAAUAAAUACAUAAAAAGUGCUGCAGUAGCUGUGGCCUCACCCUGAAGUCAGUAGGCCCGGGCCUACCUCACUCUCUCCCUUGGCAGAGAAGCAGGUGUCCACAGCUCCUCUUGCUCACAAGGGCUCCCAGCCUGCCCUCCGGCUGCUGCUCUCCCCUCCCAGUCUCUACUCAAUGGGAUGAGGUGAGGUCGUGAGGACACCAAAAAUCUAAAAAUAAACAAAAACCCAAAUAAGCCUUAGCUUUUUUAAAGACUGAAAAGCCUCAAAGUGUCCCUUUAUUUAUAAAAUAACUUUUGUCAUAUUUCUUACACAUGUUUCUUGUAAGAAAUUCAGAAACUACAGACAAAAAGAGAGUGGAAAUUAUCCACUGUCAGGCCUCUGAGCCCAAGCUAAGCCAUCAUAUCCCCUGUGCCCUGCACUAUACAUCCAGAUGGCUUGAAGCAACUGAAGAUUCACAAAAGAAGUGAAAAUAGCCAGUUCCUGCCUUAACUGAUGACAUUCCACCAUUGUGAUUUGUUCCCGCUCCACCCUAACUGAUCAGUUGACUUUGUGACAAUACACCCUCCCCACCCUUGCAAUAAUGAACCUUGUGAUAUUCCCCCACCCUUGCGAAUGUACUUUGUACUAUACACCCUCCCGACACUUAAGAAGGUACUUUGUAAUAUUCUCUCCGCCCUUGAGAAUGUACUUUGUAAGAUCCACCCCCUGCCCACAAAAAACUGCUCCUAAUUCCACCGCCUAUCCCAAACCUAUAAGAACUAAUGAUAAUCCCACCACCCUUUGCUGACUCUUUUUGGACUCAGCCCGCCUGCACCCAGGUGAUUAAAUAGCUUUAUUG